AAUAGAGCUGCGGUUACAGAAGGAGCAUACGUGAAAAACUUCUUUAGAAAUGGCAGCCAGCAGAGCAAAGACAAUUCUCCAAAGCCAAGCCCUUCUAAAGUACAUUCUCGAAACAAGUGCAUACCCCAGAGAGCCCGAGCAUUUGAAGGAACUCAGAGAGGCCACGACCGAGAGAUACUCAUAUUUGAGUGUGAUGAAUGUGCCUGUCGAUGAAGGUCUAUUCCUCUCGAUGCUUCUUAAGCUAAUGAACGCCAAGAAGACAUUAGAGAUCGGAGUCUUUACUGGUUAUUCUCUUCUUAGUACUGCUCUAGCUCUACCUGCUGAUGGCAAGAUAAUAGCUGUUGAUCCAAACAGGGAAGCAUAUGAGGUUGGAUUGCCAUUUAUUCAGAAGGCUGGAGUGGAGAACAAGAUUAGCUUCAUCCAAUCAGACGCCUCAUCGGUUCUAAAUGAUCUAAUUACCACCGGCAAACACGAAGGGAGCUUUGAUUUUGCAUUUGUGGAUGCUAACAAGGACGGGUACCUCAAGUAUCACGAGCCGCUUCUUAAACUGGUAAAGAUUGGUGGAGUAAUUGCGUACGAUAAUACCUUAUGGUAUGGGACAGUGAUCCUGUCCGACGAUGAUGAGAUGGAAGACUUUUUGAGGAAAGACAGAGAACAUAUUGUGCAGUUUAACAACUUUCUAGCAAUUGAUCCUCGUAUCGAAGAAUCUCUCGUUUCGAUCGGUGAUGGCCUUACUCUCUGCAGGCGUCUUUAUUAGAGAAAUCAUCAUCAAAUUCUAAGUUUGUUGAUACAUUAGUUUGGGGCUAUGAAAUAAAUGCGUAGAACAAAGUCAUUUUGAAUGAUCUUGGGAAUGGGCAUGACAAUUUGGUUGUUCAAUACUCGGAUUGUACCAUGCAAGUAUGGUUCAAUUUUCAAGUAUGAAGAGAAUAAUGCUGUUAAUUUCGUCGAAUU